UUUCUGAACUCAGGAUUGUUCUGUUUGGGGAAAAAGAUGACAAAAAGACAGUACGUGUUAAACUCAUUACUGGGCUUGAAAAGGUUAAUAAGCAGAAACAUUCCUCCUGUGUGGCCUUCAGUGGACAGUGGAGAGGGAAAACAGUGACAGUCGUUGAAACUCCUGACAUCUACAGUCAGCCAGUGGAAACUGUCAUAGAAGAAAUACAGAAGUGUGUGAGUCUCUGUCCUCCUGGACCAAAUGUUCUGCUGCUGUUAGUGAAACCUUCUGAGUUCUCUGACAAAAACAGAAAAACACUGAAGUUCAUCCUCAGUUUGUUUGGUCAAGAUGCCUUCAAACAGUCCAUGCUCAUCAUGACACAAAAAACUGACAUGAGUUUUGCUGUCAAUGUCCUCCUUAAAGAUUGUGAGGGAAGACAUCACAGCAUCUUUGAAGAGAAUCAGGAUCUGUUCAUGAAGAAGAUUGAGGAGAUUGUUUAUGAAAAUCAAGGAAACUUCCUCACCUUCACAGACAAGACCCCAGGAAUAAAACAAUAUAUUGAACAAACACCAAAUAAAGGCACUUCACAGCAAAAACCCAACAAACCUCCUUUAAACCUGGUUCUGGUUGGGAGGAAAGGAUCAGGGAAGACUUCAGCAGCUGAACUUAUUUUAGAUCAGACAGAUCUUCCUCCAGCCUCCAGCCCAUCAGAGUGUGUUAAACAUGAGGCAGAGGUGUGUGGACGUCAGGUUUCUGUGCUACAGAUGCCUCCUCUGUACAGGAAACCACCUGAGGAAGUGAUGGAGGAAUCCUUCAGGUGUGUCUCCCUCUGUGAUCCUGAGGGGGUCCAUGCCUUCAUCCUGGUCCUACCUGUGGGUCCCCUCACUGAUGAAGACAAGGGAGAGUUACAGACCAUCCAGGACACAUUCAGCCCUCGAGUCAAAGACUUCAUCAUGAUUCUGUUCACUGUGGACUCAGAUCCUGCAGAUCCAGCUGUUGUUAACUUUAUAAAGGAGACCAAGGAGAUCCAGGAGCUCUGUCAGAGCUGUGGAGGAAGAUAUUUUGUUCUUAACGUCAAGAACAAGAAGCAGAUCCCACAACUGUUGGAGACUGUGGAUAAAAAUAUAUCUGACAGGAAGGAUUCAUGCAGUUAUACAUUUAAAACCUUUGCAUUUGGUCAAAUGGUGGAAAAAUCACAGCUACAGGCUGAACUGAAGGAGCUCAAAACAAAGACCACAGUCACAGAUGCUGAGAAGGAACAGAGUCCAGAGAGUCUCAGGAUUGUUCUGAUGGGAAAAACUGGCUGUGGAAAGAGUUCAUCAGGAAACACUAUUCUGGAAAGAAAAGAGUUUGAAGCAGAAUUAUCUCAACAGUCAGUCACUAAAAGCUGUCAGAAAGCUCAGACUGAGGUCGACGGUCGUUCUGUUGUUGUUGUUGACACUCCUGGUCUGUUUGACAACACUUUGUCUCCUGAUGAAAUUAAUGAAGAGAUGGUGAAAUGUAUCAGUCUGCUGGCUCCAGGACCACAUGUCUUCCUGCUGGUGUUGUCAUUUGGCAGAUUCACACCAGAGGAGAAGCAGACACUAGAACUUAUCAAGAAAGUUUUUGGAAAAAAUUCAGAAAAGUUCACCAUCGUUCUUUUCACCAAAGGAGACGAGCUGGAAUAUGGCAAGAAAACCAUUGAAAAGUACAUUGAAAACUGUGAUGAUUCAUGUAAGAAACUGAUCUCUGACUGUGGAAGAAGAUAUCAUGUGUUUAAUAAUCGUGCUGAAAACAAUCAAACACAAGUCAGUGAGCUGAUAGAGAAGAUCGACACCAUGGUGAAGGAAAAUGGAGGCAGCUGCUACACCAACGAGAUGCUGCAGGAAGCUGAAGCUGCAAUACAGAAACAAAUGGAGAGAAUCCUGAAGGAAAAAGAAGAAGAGAUUAAAAAACAGAGAGAGGAGCUGGAAAGAAAACAUGAGGAAGAAACAGAAGAAAUGAGAAGAAGAAUGGAAGAACAGAGAAUUCUGUCCUCGGACUAG